ACAGAACUGAAGCAACAAUUAGAAGAUCUGAUGGCAGACAUCAAGAGAACCGCUCAAAGGGUGCGAACAAACUUAAAAGCAAUAGAGCAGAACAUAGAGUACUUGGAGAAGACGUCUAAUGCCGGCGCCGACUUCAGGAUCAGAAAAAUACAGCACUCGAUGUUACUCCAGAAGUUCAUCGAAGUGAUGACCGAAUAUAAUACCACACAAACGGACUAUAGGGAGAGGUGUAAAAAUCGGAUUCAAAGGCAACUAGAAAUCACUGGUCGUCAGACAACUGACAAAGAACUGGAGGACAUGUUAGAGAGUGGGAACCUAACCAUCUUUACACAAGGAAUCAUUACAGACACACAACAAGCGAAACAGUCGUUGGCGGACAUCGAGGCCAGACACGCGGACAUCAUUAAACUCGAGAACAGUAUCCGCGAAAUGCACGACAUGUUUAUGGAUAUGGCGCUCCUUAUCGAGAACCAGGGAGAGAUAAUCAACAGAAUCGAGACUCAAGUGAUUCAGUCGAAAGAGUACGUCGAAGACGGCAAGAAGGAGACCGUCAAAGCACUGGCCUAUCAGUCAAAGUCUCGA